AGAAGAAGAAGAAGAAGAAGAAGAAAAAAUGCUCCGCCCGUUUGCCGUUCGCCAUUAAAAAGAAGAAGCAUACAAUAAUCCGGAGGUUUGCGAGUUAGACGUUGUCAGUGAACAGGAGCCCGAUGAUUCCCAUAUGUCCAGUGGUCUCCUUCACCUAUGUGCCCAGCCGGCUCGGUGAAGAUGCCAAAAUGGCUACCGGCAACUACUUUGGAUUUACCCAUGGUGCUGCUGCGCAGUACAGUCAGCAGCCGGCUGCUGGGGUAGCCUAUACUCACCCUACCACCGUUGCCAGCUACACGGUACACCAAGCCCCUGUGGCAGCACACACUGUGGCAGCUGCUUAUGCCCCAGCUGCAGCCACAGUUGCGGUAGCCAGGCCAGCACCUGUGGCUGUGGCAGCCACCGCUGCAGCGUAUGGUGGGUACCAGCCAGCCCAUGCUGCAACAGAAUAUGGCUAUGCGCAGCGACAGCCUGAAGUCCCUCCUCCACCACCUCCUGUCACCUCCCAAAACUAUCAGGACUCCUACUCUUACGUCCGGUCCACGGCUCCGGCUGUGGCCUAUGACAGUAAGCAGUACUACCAGCAGCCUACGGCAACAGCAGCUGUGGCUGCGGCUGCUGCUGCUGCACAGCCACAACCCACCGUUGCCGAGUCCUACUACCAGACAGGCCCCAAACCCGGUUACACGCAGGGGGUAACGCCGUACACACAGACACAGCAGACACGUCAAGUGACUGCCAUUAAGCCAGCUGCCCCCAGCCCAGCUACGUCAACCUUCUCAAUUUACCCAGUGUCCUCCACUGUCCAGCCUGUGGCCGCAGCGGCAGCCUCUGUUGUCCCCUCGUACUCCCAGAGUCCCACCUACAGCACCAACGCCGUCACGUAUUCGGGUACCUCCUACUCAGGCUAUGAGGCGGCGGUGUACUCUGCAGCCUCCACCUACUACCAACAGCAGCAGCAGCAGCAGCAGAAGCAGGCAGUGGCAGCUGUUGCUGCCACAGCAGCUUGGACAGGGAGCACGUUUACAAAGAAACCACCCUUCCAAAACAAGCAGCUCAGGCCCAAGCAGCCCCCCAAACCCCCUCAAAUCCAUUACUGUGACGUCUGCAAGAUCAGCUGCGCGGGCCCUCAGACAUACAAGGAGCACCUGGAGGGGCAGAAACACAAGAAGAAGGAAGCGGCCCUGAAGGUUUCUCAAAGUACUACCAGUAGUACCUGUAGUAGUGGAGGCAGCAGUUUGGCCCGAGGCGCUCAGAACCAGCUCCGCUGUGAGCUUUGUGACGUAUCCUGCACUGGAGCCGAUGCUUACGCUGCGCACAUCCGGGGGGCGAAGCACCAGAAGGUUGUAAAACUUCAUACCAAACUUGGUAAGCCAAUCCCCUCCACAGAGCCCAGUGUGGUGACCCAGACAGCUUCCUCAACAACAGCUGCCCCCAGCAAGACUCCCGGCUCAACCCUUGCCAAUUCCAGCACCACCUCUUCUUUGUCCGUGGCCCCUUCCUCCUCCUCCAGCACUUCCCCUGCCACUUCCAACUCCCCUUACCUGAAGCCAGUUAAUAUAGUCAGCAGUGGUGCUGGGAACACGAGCAAAAACCCAGCAGCCGGCAGCGUCUCCUCAACCAGUUUUACAUCAGCCAUGAAGAAGGUCAACAACCCCAAAAUCAACUUUGUCGGUGGAAACAAAUUGCAGACCACAGUUAAAGCAGACGAGACCAAGCCUGCACCACCGUUAUUGAUUUCUCAGGAGAUGAAGAGUGAUGUCUCAGAUACCCUGUCUGCAUCAGCCCUCAAUUCGCUGCAGAGCGAUGUCCAGCCCGUUGGCCAUGACUAUGUGGAGGAGGUUCGCAAUGAUGAAGGUAAAGUAAUUCGUUUCCACUGCAAACUAUGUGAAUGCAGUUUCAAUGAUCCAAAUGCUAAAGAGAUGCACCUGAAAGGACGGAGACAUCGCCUGCAAUACAAGAAAAAGGUAAACCCAGAUCUGCAGGUGGAGGUGAAGCCUAGUAUUCGGGCCAGGAAGAUUCAGGAAGAGAAGAUGAGGAAGCAGAUGCAGAAGGAGGAGUACUGGAGGAGGAGAGAAGAGGAAGAGCGUUGGAGAAUGGAAAUGAGGCGUUAUGAGGAAGACAUGUACUGGAGACGCAUGGAGGAGGAGCACCACCACUGGGAUGAUCGACGCCGCAUGCCUGAUGGGGGCUACCCCCAGGGUCCCCCUGGUCCCCCCGGUCUGCUUGGAGUUCGGCCUGGAAUGCCUGUUCCUCAGCCACAGGGACCUGUGCCUCCGCGUCGCCCAGAUUCCUCAGACGACCGCUAUGUCAUGACCAAGCAUGCAGCCAUCUAUCCCUCAGAAGACGAGCUCCAGGCCAUCCAGAAAAUCGUAUCAAUUACUGAACGUGCUCUCAAGCUGGUGUCAGAUAUCAUUACCGACCAGGACAAAGGCAAGGAUGAAGACAAGGAGAAGAAGGAUGUCCCAAAAGACAGAGCACUGAAAGGAGUGAUGAGGGUUGGAGUGCUUGCUAAAGGCCUGCUUCUUCGCGGGGACAAGGAUGUCCACCUGGUGUUGCUCUGCUCUGAGAAGCCCACCAAGAGUCUUCUCACCCGCAUUGUGGAACACCUCCCGAAGCAACUAACAAUGGUAACACCAGAAAAAUAUGAAGUUAAGGGUUCAAUGCAAGAAGCAGCCAUCAUCUUAAUGUCCUGUGCCGAGCCAAAGAUGCAAGUGACAAUCACGCUGACUUCGCCUAUCAUCCGAGAGGAAAACGGACGGGAUGGAGAUGUAACCUCGGGUAUGGUGAAAGACCCAGCGGACGUCUUGGACAGGCAAAAAUGCCUUGACGCUCUGGCUGCUCUGCGCCACGCUAAGUGGUUCCAGGCUAGAGCCAAUGGACUUCAGUCCUGCGUGAUCAUCAUCCGUAUACUCCGGGACCUAUGUCAGCGAGUUCCCACCUGGUCUACUUUCCCAAGUUGGGCUAUGGAGCUGUUGGUUGAGAAGGCCAUUAGCAGCGCCUCAGCCCCCCUCAGCCCAGGCGAUGCACUAAGACGAGUUUUUGAAUGUAUUUCUUCUGGGAUUUUGCUUCCUGGUGGGCCAGGACUGAUAGAUCCUUGUGAAAAGAAUCCCACAGACACGCUAACAGCUAUGGGAGAGCAACAGAGGGAGGACGUCACUUCAAGUGCCCAGUUUGCUCUGAGACUGCUGGCAUUCCGGCAGAUCCACAAGGUUCUCGGUAUGGAUCCCCUGCCCCAGAUGAACCCACGGUUCAACAUCCGCAACAACAGGAAGCGUCGCCGUGACAACAGCGAUGGACUGGACAGCUUUGAGGGUGAAGGCAAAAAGGACAAGAAGGAUUAUGAUAGCUAUUAGGCUGUAACAGUUCCCCUUUUUGUCAUACCUUACUCGUUUAAAGUAGUCUAUUUACGUAUAUAUGUACUAAUAUGUUGUCACUGUAGUUAAUAGCUGGGUAUGCUCUUCCUCAUGAAGUGAUUUGUGUCAACUGUUCUAUUCAGCUUUGUCUUGUAAAGCAAUUGAUAUACAUGUGUGACUAGAGCUUCACUUGGUACUACAGGAACCCGAAUUUCUCCCUUUAUAAAAUAAAUGUUUUAGGCGUAACUUGAUUUGACUUGAGAUUCAGACCUAAACCUACCCUAGAUAAAGUAAUUUUUAUUCAAUAUGAUUCAGAGAAGUAUUUGUCAGUGGUUUCCCCAAGCUCUGCAUCUCCUGUGGAGCUCAAGUUCUUUUUAAUUUAAUUCUGAGUAAAGACAUUCCUCACAAAAUUAAUUGUGGAGACAGUUUUGUUACAUCUAUAUGGAUUGGGAAGAAAGUCAAAAGAUAAAUGUUAAUGCCUUCAUGUAUUAUAUUGUCGGUUGAGUUUGUUCUCUGUUGGCUUUUUUUUUUUCUUUAUGUUUUGAAAUACCUAAUUUGGCCUGCUUUUUUUUCUGAGCUUAUACUUUUCAAUAUUAAUACAAGUGCAGAAUGCAAGUAGUAUUUGAACAUCUGGUGUUGUCUUAUCUAAAGGCUAGGCUGCAAAUGAAAUUCGGAGACAAAUGCUACUUGUACUACAUUUAUAAAGAAUCCAUUGAUUCCUGAGAUGUUUGUGUUUGUACUCGCAUUAUCCCUAAUCAUAACUUUUAACAUAUUUGUACAUAUAUAAAUAUUCCUAGAGUCUUGAAAUAGAUGAACAAGCCCUGGUUUGGACAGCAUGGCAGUGGUCAGAUUAGUUAUUGUGUUUUGGCUUUUAAUAUUAGACUUAUUGGUUAAUUGGAAGCUUGCCCUUAUUUUUAUUUUAUGCUGCAUAGUUCAAUUUAAUAAUCUAUGUAAGAGAAUGAGAUUGCUGUAGUGGAAAAACAUUGACGUAAUUGCAGUUGUGUAUAGGGCCAUUCUGGAAUGUCUGUCAGGCUGUGUACUCUGCUUUACACGAGCAGAAUAAAUGUUACCUGAGUUAACUGUU